AUGAAGAUUUGCCUUACGCGGUAUUACAGAGACCUCCUAUCCCGCCAUCAACGUCUUUCCCAUUCUGAAGGGGCUGCUACCAAUGAUGUAACACCCAGUCAGCUUGAUGAGAGCGUCCCCGAGAUCCAAAAUAAGUCCAGACUCCCUGUCAAUAUCGAAACAUUUGCAGCUCAAGAGCUGCAAGAGCUCAACUACCUGCCCAACGCGACGACUACCACAGCCGUCGCGCAAGAUGGCCAAGGGCCAGAAAACAGAGACUUUUCAACUCAAAGUAUGAGCUGGAUCCCGCAACCUCUUGACAACGAAUAUCAUGUGAUGCCAAAUAUGAUGCUGGAUUAUGGCAAUAUUCCAGAGAGCCAAUUCCUGUGGGACAAUUUCCUCAUCGCUGAUCAACCUGCUCCAUCUGAGUUUUUUGGGACAGAUACUGCAACUAUGAAUCAGGUUGCUGGUCCAUCUCAGCAUGUCCAAUCGUCUUUUCCAUUCAAUCAAAUGUCAUCUCAGCCGGGCUUUCAAGACAGGAAUCCAUCGAGCCCAGUAACAGAUCAUGGGCAGUCCGACAACUUGAGACUACGUUUGCCGUCACUUGAGCCAGCUAUUCAACCGCCAGAAGAACACGCACGCGAGCCAAACCGUGCUCCAAAUCCGAAACCAUUCGUUGUUGUCAAGACCCCGUGGAAAAUUUCCACUGAGGACUAUGUCCGCAUUACAGAGAGAUUAUCCUCCGCCAAUCCAGGCCUGUUGCACUCCAGUAACUUUCCAUCACGGCACACAUUGUCGCGUUAUCUGGAGGGCUAUUUCCGAGGCUUCCAUGAUCACUUUCCGUUUCUCCACAUGACAAGUUUCUCUGCAGUAUCCCUUGCCCCCGAGCUCCUCUUGUCACUUGCUGCUAUGGGUGCUUUCUACCGCUUUGAGCAUUCGCAAGGCCAUAAGCUGUACCUCUCUGCCAGGAAGGCUAUCGAUAGCAGGAUUGAUGCGAUCAGAGCAGAGGAGGCAGCAGGUACUCAAGGUACUAAGAGUAGCGGACUUCCUAUACUGCAAGGCCUUAUUGUCCUUCUGACACUAGCAUCUUGGGGCGACAAUCGCCUUUCCCGCGAUGCCAUGUCUCUUUCCAGCCAAGUGGUCAUGCUAGCUCGGGAUCUUGGCAUCAGUUCACAAGAAAAGGUAUCUGACAGCCCAAGUUGGGAAUCUUGGAUCAUGGCCGAGGAGCGCUGUCGUACCCUCUGGUCAGCUUACUCGCUGCUCACACUGCAGAACAUAAUCAGCGAUAUGACUCCCAUGGCACUCAAUCGAGAGAUAUCGAUGGACUUGCCUAGCUGCAACUGUGUUUGGAGAGCACAGAACUCAGUAGAAUGGGCUCAAUACAAGGCAGAAGAAACACUAUCCUUUCCCAAGGUACUGCGAGACUUGUUAUCAGGAGUUCCCAUUCAUCAGAAGAAACUUAUUUCAUCUUUCGGCAAUUAUGUUCUUAUCGUCGCCAUCAUUCAACAGGUCUUCCUGGCUCGAUUGGGAACAUGCCAACUAGAUGACUCGGAGAGUCCACUUGGAAAAGAGUCGAUCCAAAUCAUGGAGACGACUUUGCUAUUGUGGCAACAGUCGUGGGAGGCGACAUAUGAGUCCACACUAGACCCGUCGUCUCCAAAAGGGCCCAUGGGCUUCAAUUCCACGGCACCCCUACGCUUGGCCUAUAUCCGGCUGAACUCGAAUGUGAGCCCUGCCAGCCGAGGUAUCUACGAAGAGACUCCGUGUGGUAGCGACGGAUUCAUGAAGGCGUUUCAUAAACCUUUGCAUAGGUCAUCACAUACAGACCGCGCUGUACUGCAGUGCAUCUAUGCCCUCAGUGUUCCUGUGCGAGUGGGGGUCGCAUUCGUUGCUCGAACACAAACGCUUCACUGGAGCGCACAGCACGCCAUAUGCACUUUGGAGUGUGCCUUUUUCCUCAUACAAUGGUUGAGGUCACUGUCCACGCGUGAAGACGGUGAUGUAUACUACAAUAUCCGACUGGGUCUCUUGAGACCCGAUGAGCAAAGACUCUUGGAUAUGCUCAUUAGCCUAAUUAGAGAAACCGACAUGGCUAGUACUGUCGAGUAUCCUGGUCCACAGCAGAUUAUUGCAAAAGGUCUCAUUGUGGCAGUUGCUAAGCUGUGGGCUGGAACAAUUGAGGGUCUGCAGGUAUUCGAGAUUGUACAGAAAGUUGGAGAACGAUUGCAGGCACUAUCUGCAUACUUGCAGGCAGAGAGGAUAUGA